AUGGUCGGGAACAGCCUCAGAGUGCUCCCUGUGGAAGCCCCCAGCCCACGUGGCCGAGGCCACCUGGGGAUAAUGCAGUCAGGGUCUACCCCAGGCUGCACUCACACUGGGCCAGGAGCCCCAGUGCAGGCUGGAGGCCUGCCACCCCAGACGGCCCUGCCCCUCCAGCAGAGCUGCAGACAGCAGCGUCCCGAUGCCUCAGGCCAGGGGCAGCGAGCCUUCACCAUCCUGGCGGACCCCCUGGCCCACGGCGAGGCCCCUCUGUUGGUGCGUGGUUCUCGGGCUCCCAGGGUGCCUAUGUUUCCCGUGAGGGGACAAGACCUUCAAGGGGCUCCGAGGAGGGUUUCUGAUUAA